CAGCUGGCGAUUUAGCUUCAUUCGUUCCGCGGCGUUCUCAGCUGUAGCAACAGUGCCCAAUCCCGCCAACUUCCACUCCCCCCACAUAGCCAGUGGCACAUCGGGCGCUCACCGCGUACCCAAAUUUGACAUUGACGUGUGGCACAACAACAACAACAACAACCUGCCAAAAUGGCUGUUAUGCCCUGCUUUUAUGUGCCGAAGCGCGUGAAUGUGGCCAUAAUGUUGUUCAUGAUGUGCCUCAUCAAUUAUAUGAUGCGCGUCAAUCUGUCCAUCAAUAUAAUUGCUAUGGUACAGGACCGAGAUGAGAAUGGCACACUUGUGGAACAGCCAGAUUAUGGCCACCGAUACGAUUGGUCGCAACAGGAUCAGGCCUUGCUGUUGGGCGGCUAUUUCUAUGGUUAUAUGAUCACCUCACUGCCAGGUGGCACGCUCGCCGAGAUGCUCGGUGGCCGCAAUGUGGCCGGCUAUAGUUGUCUUUUGGGCGCUCUACUGACUGCAUUGACACCGGUGGCCGCUGCCUGGGAUAAAUAUGCCGUAUUUGCAGUACGUUUCCUAAUUGGACUCGUUUCUGGUGUCGUCUAUCCCUGCUGUCACAAUUUGGUGUCAAAAUGGUCGCCGCCGGACGAGAAGGGCAAGUUUGUCGCCUCGCUGAUGGGUGGCACAUUCGGUACCGUCAUCACUUGGCCACUGUGCGGCCUCAUCAUUGAGAGUCUAGGCUGGGUCUGGGCCUUCUAUGCAGUUGCCAUCUUUGUGGUUAUUGUAGUGGGCCUGUGGUUCUAUCUGGUCAGCGAUACGCCGGCGCAGCAUAGCACCAUCAGCAUCAAGGAGCGGGAAUACAUUGAAAACAGUCUGGGCGGCACACUAGCCAAAAAGGCGAAAUGGCCGCCAUACAAACAGCUGAUAUUCUCCAUGCCAUUCUGGGCGCUGACUCUGUUGCAUUACGGCAGCAUGUGGGGUCUGUUCUUCCUGAUUACGGCCACGCCCAAGUUCUUAAGCGAAGUGCUCGGGUUCAAUCUGUCCUCUGCGGGUUUCCUGUCCAGUUUGCCACACAUUGCACGUCUAUUGGCUGCCUUUGGCUUUGGUUCCGUUGCGGAUUGGAUUCGACGCAAGGGCUGGUGGACUAUUACGUUCACCCGCAAGUUUUUCUGCAUACCCUCACACAUCUUGCCAGGCGUUAUGCUCAUAGUUUUGGCCUUCUGCGGACGCGAUCCUUACGUCUGUGUGGCUAUAAUGACCAUAUCGCUGGGCUUCAAUGGUGCUGCGACUUCCACAAACUUGGCCAACUCACAGGAUUUGGCACCAAACUUUGCGGGAACCAUGUACGGCAUCAUCAAUUGCCUGGGCACUACACCAGGCAUCUUCUCGCCAUUGAUUGUGGCCGCAUUUACCCAUGAAAAGAACACAAUCGAUGAGUGGUUCUGGGUAUUUGUGAUUGGCGCAGCGGCCUACAUUUUGCCUGCCAUAUUUUUCUGGAUCUUCGGGUCGGGGAAGAUACAAAAAUGGAAUGAGGUGCAGACCACCGAGCCAAAUGAGGAUGUUGUCAAUACAAAGUUGUAGUUUGUGCCUUGGCAAUUGGCUGUGAUGUUGUAGUACUAAUGCCAUAUAAUUAUGACGUACGUACGUUUGUAUAUAUGUUAAUGUACCUAUAUAGAGGGUACAUUAAUAACGAGUCCUAUUAAAGUUAAUGCUGUGUAUUUAUUUUUGUAAAA